UCCUAAUCACUUGACAUUUAUUGCACUCUCAACCACACUCUACCUUCCUCCAUACACCUCGAGAACAACGUGCAAUCUGUCUACUGCAGUCCGCCAGUCUACGUUAUCCUCGGAUCCGCGAACAAACAAACCCAACAACCUCAAGUUAAACAGACACCAUGCCCUCCGCGACAUCCCCGCCAACCCUGGCGUCGCACCCAGACAUCCCACCAUUCCCCUCUCCCUCGACAUUCUCCAUCCUUCCCGACAUUUACUUACUUAUCGCGCGCCUCAACAUUCUCCACCUAAACCCUCCCUCGACCUCAACGUCGGACCCGACGCAAUCACAGACUCAGACUCAAGCCCAGUCGCAAUCACAGUCACAGACUCAACUGUCAGCCACCUCAAAUGUCGUUGGUGCACAGACACAAACACAACAAGAGUCGUCGUCCAACCAGACGGCGCCACCUCACCACCUCCUAACCGACACGCCGCUGGACCUAAAAGAUCUCCCAGCGCAGAUCUACCCGAUCAAACAGAAACUAGUCAAGGCCCGUGCAGCAGUUACAGCGUUGCCGGAUAUCGAAAGGACAGUGGAAGAACAAGAGCAGGAAAUUCGUGAUUUGGAGAGGACUGUUGGGUUACUUAGGAAGAGAUUGGGUUUGUUGGCGAGCAUUGCGGCGGCAGGUCCGAGUCACCAGAACGCUGAUGCGGUGAUCGAUAAAGAUGGCGGCGAUGGUGAUGGAAAUAUGGAUGUGGAUUUGGAUGUCGAUGUGGUGAAAGAAGAGGCAGUUGAGAGUGAUACGGUCAUGCAGGGUGUGGAGGGUUGAAAGUGAAACUCAAGCAGGGCUAAGAAAUCCACCGUUUCUAAAGUCUGCGGACGCAAUUACUUUGUCUGAGAGCGAUUGAGGAUCCCAGUGUGUUGGAAACUACGGCAUUGGUCAUGCACGGAAACAGACGUGCAAGACUUAACCAUCAAUCAGUGGCGGCCGCAACGCUACGAACAGAAACAUGAGACCAGCACAGUCCGGUCUUACACCUUUGGACCAGUUCCACCGAUUCAAACAGCCAGCAGCACGUCGAACGAACCGACAUCGAUAUCGACAGGCGGAGCUCGAGCAGAACCAAAACAAAUGCCAUGCCACUUCACUUCGCGAUGCAAUGCAAUGCAGGCAACACGCUCAGCUUCUUCCCCGCCUAGGCAAUGUGCGAUGUACCUCGCUACUAUUACUGGUACCUGCCCAGUGAUGGCAAGCACGCUCUUGGCAGAGAGAACUUGGAUUUCUCCUCUCCGUGGUUCAUCGGCCUAUCAAUCCAUCUGCCGUACGACACGAGGACAGAGCCUAGCAUGAGUUGAACAAGACACGAAAAACGAGAAAUCAGAUGAAAGAGGACCGGACCCGACCAAACACACACGCACAGCUUGGCUCUAUGAAUUCUAUCUAUCUCCGGAGUCCGAGUUCCCAGUCCUUGUCCGCUUGGAAAUCCCUUCCCUGCUCUGCUCUAGCGAGGAGGCGAACGUGAUCUGAUCCUGAUUCUGUCCUGAUGUGCCCUCAGCAGAGCACGACUCGAAUUGCCAUCACCUCAACUCAACCCAACUCGAUUCAACCCAACCAAUUCAACUAGUUUUCUUCAACCCCCAGCACGGCACAACAAAAUGGCGUACUUAGUCCAGUACCUACUUACGUGUACUUACACCAUGAAACGACACCGCACGGCACACAACAUAAUGAAACAAUCAGCCCCGACGGACCCUAUUGGACCUACCCUACUACUCUACUAUCAGUGGUAGUACUAGCUGUAGAAAUCAUGACAAUGACCGUGCAGUCCUCGACCAAAAGGUGAAAAAGGCGCUGGUUGAAGGGGGUUAGAGGGCGGAUGGGAGUGGUUCUUGGUGUGGAAGGGGAGAAAAGGGAGAAGAGCGGAAAAUAAAAAUGUCGCAUAUUUUUUCCAUCACCACUUUUUUCCCUCUCAAUCGGCCAUAGGAACAAGAAAGCAGAACUUCCCGUCCGCUCAGUUGUACUUAAGCUUGUUGCCGGCUAGUUAGUAGUAACGUGGGUGACCAGUUGCGAAUCCUGGCUGCUGAUUGUUUUU